GCUUGUCCCUCAUCACUGAUAGGAGGAUUAGGAGCACCUCCAGGACAACCAGGAAAAGAUGGUCGAGAAGGACGUGAAGGACCACCAGGACCUCCGGGGAAUAUUGGCCCAACUGGAGAAAGAGGAGAGCCAGGACCACCAGGAGAUCAAGGUGAGACAGGUGAUAGGGGACCGGUGGGGCCAAAAGGAUUGAAAGGUGAGCUGGGACCACAAGGAGACGACGGACCAAUGGGACGCAGAUGA